AUGUAUCAACAACAGUACAAAUCCGGAGUGUCUAGUUACAACAACAGUAUGCAAAAACAAGGUUACUACAAUCGUAUCCCUUGUCCUAGUACAUCAACAGUGUUGAACAAGCUGGAGGAGGCGUUCAAGAAGACGCAACUCAUCUCCAUAACGGACCUGUACAACCUAGCAUUGGAACUGAAUCUGCAGGAGAAGCAGAUAAAUAUUUGGUUCCAGAACCGCAUAAUGAAGGAGAAGAAGCAGAAAAUCAGAGUUGCUGCUACUAUCGCAACGGCCGGCAAAAAUUCGCCUUCGAUGAUUUCACCGACCAACCAGUACGUAACACAAGGAUUGUCACCAACCGCGUCUUACUUCUUCAACUCGAACUCUCUUGUAUACCAAAGCAACGUUCUACAGUCAUCAACAUCAAAUUUUCCGGAACAACAAAUUCCCUAUCAGUACAUCAAUUUGCCAGGACCGUCGCCAUCCUAUACUCCUUAA